CACCCAGGGACCACUUGUGUGCUUUGGGGAAAUAAAGUACACAGUUUCUCCUAGCAUGACCUCGAUCUGAUCAGCACGCACGAGAACUUGAUUCCCGUGUCCUGCACCGGAGAGCUGGGGCCUGAUCACCGCCCACACUACAGAGCCGUCAUGGCCGCUGCCUCUCCCUCCACUCCUGUCAUUACACAGCCCCAGUUCACAGCUGUGAAUGAACCACAGUGCUUCUACAAUGAAUCCAUUGCCUUCUUUUAUAACCGGAGUGGGAAACAUCUUGCCACAGAAUGGAACACAGUCAGCAAGCUGGUGAUGGGACUUGGAAUCACUGUCUGCAUCUUCAUCAUGUUGGCCAACCUCCUGGUCAUGGUGGCAAUCUACGUCAACCGCCGCUUCCAUUUUCCUAUUUAUUACUUAAUGGCCAAUCUGGCCGCCGCAGACUUCUUUGCUGGGUUGGCCUACUUCUAUCUAAUGUUCAACACAGGACCCAACACGCGGAGACUGACUGUUAGCACGUGGCUCCUCCGUCAGGGCCUCAUUGACACAAGCCUGACAGCAUCUGUGGCCAACUUACUGGCCAUUGCAAUCGAGAGGCACAUUACGGUUUUCCGCAUGCAGCUCCAUACACGGAUGAGCAACAGGAGGGUGGUGGUGGUCAUUGUGGUCAUUUGGACUAUGGCCAUUGUUAUGGGUGCUAUACCCAGUGUGGGCUGGAACUGCAUCUGUGAUAUUGAACAUUGUUCCAACAUGGCGCCCCUCUACAGUGACUCUUACUUAGUCUUCUGGGCCAUUUUCAACCUGGUGACCUUUGUGGUCAUGGUGGUUCUCUAUGCUCACAUCUUUGGCUAUGUUCGCCAGAGGACUAUGAGAAUGUCUCGGCAUAGUUCUGGACCCCGACGGAAUCGAGAUACCAUGAUGAGUCUUCUGAAGACAGUGGUCAUUGUGCUUGGUGCCUUUAUCAUCUGCUGGACGCCUGGAUUGGUUUUGUUACUGCUAGACGUGUGCUGUCCCCAGUGUAAUGUUCUGGCCUAUGAGAAGUUUUUCCUACUCCUUGCGGAAUUCAACUCUGCCAUGAACCCCAUCAUUUACUCCUACCGCGACAAAGAGAUGAGCGCCACCUUCAGGCAGAUCCUCUGCUGCCAGCGCAGUGAGAACCCCAGCGGCCCCGCGGAAGGCUCAGACCGCUCAGCUUCCUCCCUCAACCACACCAUCUUGGCUGGAGUCCACAGCAAUGACCACUCCGUGGUUUAGAAAGGAAACUAAGAGGAGGAGCCAGCCAACCUCUGUUAAAGGAUGAACAGCCUCCCCCUACCCAAUUGCCAGGGCAAUGUGGGGUGUGAAAGGAGGGAAAUAGACUCAUGUACUUAAACACUAACCAAUGACAGUAUUUGUUCCUAGCCCCCUCGAGACUUGAUAUGUAUUGAAAAUUAGCUUAUGUGACACCCCUCAUCUUGAUCCCCACUCCUUCUGAAAGUAGAAAGUGGAGUUCUUACGAUGGAAUUCAAGAAUAGACUCCGGAGUGUCCAUUUAGACUGUACUAACUAAAGGUUAAAAAAGAUUUUGUGUGGUUUGGUGCAAGUCAGGAUAAACUCUUGGCUAGUUGAAUCCACAACUUCAUUUACUACAGGCCUUUUUGUUUUUAAAGGAUACAUUUCACUUAAUAAACAUGUUUAUGCCUAUCAGUAUGUUUGUGAUGGAUAAGACUAUAGACUGUUUAUAAUAAACUACCGUAAUUCCAUUUUUUUUCCCUUAGGGAAACUAAAUUAGAAUUAUUUCAUUUAGGAAGCAUGCAUAUAAUGUGUGUGUGCGGGAUGCCUGACUUAAAAAGGUGAAAAGGAUACUAAUUUAAAAUCUUCUAGGAAAUGGAAGAACCUAGAUUUCAAAGUCAGUAUUUGUUUAGGUUUUGAAGCAAACAAUGCUCUAACUACAAUAUUAACCUUUUAUUAAAGUGUUCUAACAGGUGUAAGACAGGGAAUGUAAGUUUAUUACCGAAAGAAUAUGUAUUCCCCAAAAGUCAUAGAAAAUGAAGCCCCGUAAUAGUGUUCCCCGCGUAUUUAAAAUACCCACAGGCAUUCUAAUUUACCUGUAUGUCAGUGGAAGUUUUUUUUAUAGUCUGUUUUUCUGAACUAUGGAAUAAUACAUACUCAAUAUAGAAAACUUGAAAAAUGCAGAGAUGUGUAAACAAGCAAAAAUGGUUACUGAUAAUCACAACCCAGAAGUAACCGCCUGUAAUAACUCCCCCCAUAUAUGUCUAUAUGUGUCUUAUAUACGUUUAACAUAAUUGGGCUCAUAUUGUAAACAGUUUUCUAACUAGAUUUUUUUUUUUUCAUUGCAGAAUUGCCAUGUUUUCCUAUGGCAUUAAAAAUUUUACAAAAACAUAAUUUUAAUGGCUAUGUUAUACUCCAUUUAAUGGAUGCAGCUCAGUUUAUUUAACCAUCCCCAUAUUGUUGACUAUUUAGGUUAUUUGAAAUUUUCACUAUUAUAAAGUUGCAAAAAUUUCAUGUACAUAAAAUUUUGUCUUUAUAAUUAUUUACCUAGAACAUAUUCCCAUGAAGGAAUUUUUUUUUUAAUGUGAAAUGUCUGAAUACACUUUUGCCUUUCAUAAAAAGGGAUUUACCGCUUUUGCACUGCGUGGGUGGCAAUUGUGAAGACCCAGUUACAUUGCCUUUGUGCAAAAGAAAUGUGGUGGUUACUUUAGUGGAGAGUGACUUAUUCCUAUAACAAGAUGGGAUAGAAAUAGUCACCUGUCAAAAUAACAAAGGUAUCCUAAUUAUGUAGCAAAUCCACAUUUUGUUUGAGAAACUAGUUACCCAGCUCCUAGUAACCACACCUGCAAUGUAGAAUUGAGGAAAAUGCAAAGAGAUCAAACAUGCGAAGUGAAUAAAGAAGUGUCAUGUUAAAUAGCUCAAGGCCUUUCUAUAGCAAAUGGGCGGAGCGUGGCAGUAUAUGACUGGCUGCUGUGUAUUCCCCAGGAAUCACCCCGAUAGAUGCCUCCACAUUAGGUGAUACCUAUCUAAUAAUGCAUUGUCCAGGUAAAGUAGUAAUGGCAUCAGUUUGCUGUAAGAACGAACCAGUGAAGUAGCACAGUCACAAAGCAGGUAGGCGGAGGUCGGGAGGAUGUCUGAGAGAAAGAAGUCCAGAAGAUGAAUGGCUGUCUAGGAAGGAGGAAGUCAGGGCACGGUCGGCCUUUGAGCAGAGGGCAGACUUGUAAAAUACCCACAGUGAAAGGAACGUGGGGAACCGGUUAGCAGAAAUGUGUUUGCACAUACUUUAUACAAAAUACGGAACAUUUUAUAUUGUAAGUCAAGGAAAUGAACUUGGACUUUUGUUUCUGUGAAUAUUUUCUGGAGGAGAUAUGGAUUAUUUGAAACUGAAAGCAUACUAAUUGGACCUUAAUAAAUCCUUUGCAAUCAGUGUUUGGUAA